AUGGCCUCAGCAUCACUUCUCAAGUCAUCACCAGUCCUUGACAAGUCUGAGUUUGUUAAGGGUCAGGCCAUCCGCUUGCCCUCUGCUUCCAUUGUCCGGUGCCGCUCCACCGCCCCUUCUGUCCUUACCGUUCGCGCUGGUUCCUAUGCUGAUGAGCUUGUCAAGACCGCGAAAACCAUUGCAUCUCCUGGUCGUGGUAUAUUGGCCAUGGAUGAGUCCAAUGCUACCUGUGGGAAACGUCUUGCCUCAAUUGGGCUAGAGAACACUGAGGCUAACCGCCAGGCAUACCGGACCCUUCUUGUGACAGUCCCUGGCCUUGGCAAUUACAUCUCUGGUGCCAUCCUCUUUGAGGAAACUCUCUACCAAUCCACCACUGAUGGCAAGAAGAUGGUUGAUGUUCUUGUAGAGCAAAAGAUUGUUCCCGGUAUCAAAGUCGACAAGGGUUUGGUGCCUCUAGUUGGUUCCAAUGAUGAGUCGUGGUGCCAAGGUCUUGAUGGACUCGCCUCCCGCACAGCUGCUUACUACCAGCAGGGUGCUCGUUUCGCCAAAUGGCGUACUGUUGUGAGCAUUCCCAACGGCCCAUCUGCCUUGGCAGUGAAGGAGGCUGCCUGGGGUCUUGCCCGCUAUGCUGCCAUUUCUCAAGACAAUGGAUUGGUCCCAAUUGUGGAACCAGAAAUCUUGCUUGAUGGGGAGCAUGGCAUUGAGAGGACUUUUGAAGUAGCCCAGAAGGUUUGGGCUGAGGUUUUCUUCUACUUGGCAGAGAACAAUGUCAUGUUUGAGGGUAUCCUCCUCAAGCCUAGUAUGGUCACUCCCGGUGCUGAAUGCAAGGACAGGGCCACCCCCGACCAAGUUGCUGAAUACACCCUCAAGCUCCUCCACAGAAGAAUCCCCCCAGCCGUCCCUGGAAUCAUGUUUUUGUCUGGUGGCCAAUCUGAGGUUGAAGCAACCCUGAACCUCAACGCAAUGAACCAAUCUCCAAACCCAUGGCACGUGUCAUUCUCAUAUGCCAGAGCUCUCCAGAACACUUGCUUGAAGACAUGGGGAGGCAGGCCAGAGAACGUUAAGGCAGCUCAGGAAACACUUCUCAUCCGUGCCAAGGCCAACUCUCUUGCUCAGCUUGGCAAGUACACCGGUGAGGGAGAGUCAGAUGAAGCCAAGACUGGAAUGUACGUCAAGAACUACUCCUACUAA